AUGAAGUCUGGCACUGUGAACUCUGACAAACACAGAGGUUCCACGCUUUUAAAGGUGGAAGAAAACGAGCAGGUCUUCCAGUUAAUAGGGAAUCGAUGUCAGGCAAGAGCUAUUUCAAUCGAGAUUUUUAUUCAUGAACGUCGUGACUGUCAUUGUAGUACAACGAUUUUGACCUAAAUUUUAUCUUUUGAUCGACAGAUAUAGAUAAACAUGUUUUGUCGUUAUUUGCAAAUAAUCUGGUCGUAAUUAAUACCGUAGCUAAAUAUCAGCGCCUUUCAUUUAUAUCACAUUUAUGUAGAAUUUUCUAUAUUAUAAGUUACGUUUCGUUAUUGACAUAUUUAACAGUGCAAAAAAGAAUUUUUAAUGUUGUUAAACAUUUCAACGAUUAUUUUAUAAAAACAAUAAUAUUCCUGUAUAUUUUUCACUUAAGGUUGUUGUAAGAAUAAACUUGCAAUGUUUAAAAUUAAGCAUUGGUCAUGAAUGAGUCAAACAAUGCAUCAAAAUGUUCAUUAUUAUGCAAAAAUUUUCUACGAUGCAAUUCUAUAUAUAUAUAUUUUUACUUAAUUUUUAUACUUUUUUACAUUGCUUGCGACUAUUUUGUAUUAUUAUUAAUUGAUAUUGUUUUUCAAUAAAUAAUAUAUUAUUGCAAGAAAUACAUCAUUUUUAUAUGUCUUAUAGUGUUUAGCAGCUGGGGUUAUUCAAUUAUAUUUGACUGAACCACCUUUACACAAAGAAUGGAUAAAGAAAACUACAGGUAUUAUAACAUUGAUAAGGGAUAACCCUAGACGUAGUUUUUUCCUCCGCUUAUAUUGCUUACAAAGGAAAGCAAUGUUGUGGGAACAUGAAGUAUAUAAUGCAAUGGAUUAUAAAGCACCAUUGUCUUACUUCCACACAUUUGAAGCAGAAGACUGUAUGGCUGCUUUUAAUUUUGCGAAUGAAACAGAUGCCGUUACGUUAAGAAAUAUUCUUCUUGGUAAACUGAAUGCUAAACGUCAGAGAAGACAACAAAGACGGUCUAAGAUAGAAGGAGAAACUCAGCAUGGUGCAACAUUGCCAUGGAGAAAUCAAAGCAAUACAUCACCUGUUGCAUUUAGUACAGGAUCAACUUCCAAUUUAUUGAAUGGAACACCAACCACAGUUGGUGUGAAUAGGAGUGCUUCUAGUAGUUCUAUGUACACAAGUAAAAAGAAGAAACGAGAGAAAACCAAGAAAAGAUUAACUAAAGAUGAUAUUGGCCCUCCAUCGAAUUUUAUACACGUUACGCAUUGGGCAUGGAAUAACAGUAGCAAAGAAUUGGAAUUAGAGAAAGUUGAUCCACAUUUAAAACUUUUUCUCGAUAAAGUUGGUGUAUCAGAACAUCAAUUUAGAAAUCAAGACACGCGUAAUUUUAUUUACGAUUUUAUUGAAAAAAAUGGCGGUAUGAAUGCCAUUAGAGAAGAUAUAUCUUCGUCUAUCCCAAAAUCUAGUGUACAACAAUUACAACAAAUGCAACAACAACAACAACAGCAACAGCAACAAGCACCGAUAGCGCCUCAAAGACAGGAAUAUCCACCUCCAGUUCCAGCAAGAACAAUAGCUCAUCAAACACGAAGUGCUCCACCACUACCUCCGAACCGAAUUAAUGCACCUUCAACACCACCAAGUGCACCAGCUAAUGCACCUCCCGUUCAUAGGACAUUGCCAUCUAGACCACCACCACCUUCUUUAACUUCUGCGCCAUCACUGCCACCACCUCCACCUCCACCUCCUCCUCCACCACCACCUCCACCAGUUCCAACUCCAGUUCCACAUACUAGAAGUAGUUUAACCGUUGUUCCACCUCCUCCACCAUUACCAAGCACUGAUGAUGGAACUGUCAAUACAAGUGCCACUAAUAAUAAUAAUAAUACUAGUAAUGACAAUAAUAAUGAAGAUAUCGCUGAUUUAAGAUCGACACUCAUGGAAUCUAUAAGAAACGGCACUACACUUCGAAAAAUUGAUAAAUCUGAAAUAAAACAAAAUCCUCCUUCUGGGGAUUCGAGGAAUGCUUUGUUAGAACAAAUUCGUCAAGGAAUUGAGUUGAGGCCCGUUUCAAAUGAAGUUAAAAGUAAACCAGCAUUUCAAGGAGGAUUGGCUAGUGCUUUGUCGAGAGCGCUCGCUGAACGAUCAAGUGCAAUCCAUAGCGAAACUGAUGAUUCGACUAGUGAAACUAAUGAAUCAUAUAACUUGAGGAAUAAAACAUUAUAUCACUGUGAUAAAUCUGCUAUCAAUAAACAUGUAAACAGAUUAGCUACUGUAAAUGUAUAAUGUAACAAUCUUGAAUUUGAUAUCCAAAGAAGAAUGAAAAUCACAUAUAAAUGUUCCGAAAACAGAAAUCGUGUAAAUGUGUUAUCAGAAAGUAAGGCACAAUACAUGGAUAGGGCAGGUAAGGGCAGAGUAAAGGUCCUAUUUAUAAUUUCACAUAAAUUGUAACAUACAAUUAUCUGGUCUGAAAAAAGAUGUAUAAAUAUUAUGUAGCAACAAGUAUAAGAAUGUCGAUUUUUUGCUAACUAAUAUUUGUUUAAUUGAAAUUAAUAUUUGUCAAAUAUAAUGAAUAUCAUGGAAACAAUUAUACAAUUAUACAAUUACCUAUUCAUGCUGUUUCAAUAAAUACUAUAAGAAAUAUAAUAAUGAAUAUAAUUACGUAAGAACUAGCGUAAUUAUGUAGUACAGUUAAUAAUAUCACAAAUUCUAUGUAAGUUCAUAUUACUUUAAAAGUUAGCACGAAAAAGUUAGCAUGCUUCCUGCAUGAUAAUUGUGAAAUUUGCCCUAGUUUAUCCUGCCCAAUUCGUGUGACUUAAAAUAUAUAAUUUUAAGUUAGCAACAGUUAGUCCAAGCACAUGUACAUUGGCAUAACAUUGUAAACGAAAAUAGAUUUUCAAAUUAAGUGGAGUAAAUUUAAGUAGACCAAAAAGAGAAAAAAAUAAAAAUAU